AACACGACAUUUUACAAAGGAAAUUAUUAUUAAAUAUAUUAAAUUAUGCUUUCCAUUCAAAAAAUUAACAUCUAAAAGCAUCUUUGUCUUAAAAGGAGCCACUCAUACAACAUAUCGAAGCUAUAGAGAUGCGCUUCGAACUGGGCUUGAAGAAAUUGCACGAUCUGAUAUUAAUAAUUAUCUUCAAGAAGGUGUCUGGAGACCAUUUCUUAGAUAUUUUUUUGAAGCAAUUGAUGAAGAAACAAUAUUUAUUUUAGAAUUCAAGAAAGUGUGGCAGAUGUUUAUGUCAGAAUGCCUCAUAAAACUGAUUGAAGAGAUAUUGAAUAAUGAAAACAAGCUAGUUAAAAUUACUGACCUAGACUAUCUUACUUUGGAUUAUGAUAUUUAUGAUGCUAGUAACAUAUUAGAUCUAAAUGACAAAGACUUUAAAGCACUUCUGAAAAAAGAAUUGGGUAACAAAAAUAAAAAAAAUAGAGAUUGA